AUGAAAUCUUCUCCUGAGACUCCAGAUGCCAACGACGCCUCUUCUGAAUCGUCGAGCAGAGUGAAAAAGAAGAAAUUGAAGAAUGCAAAGAAGUGUAAAAAGAAACGGAGAUUGGAGUAUUGGGAACGAUUUAAAAUCUGCUUGUCGUGCCUCUACAAAGUGUCCCGUUGCAAAUGUGACACUGAACUAGAGAUGUCGAAAGUGGAUUGGAAACCACUGAAAAAUGAUCCGCAAUUGACAUAUUCUCCCUUUGAGACGACGAAUAUUGUUCCGUCUCUUGCCACUUAUUCUGAAAUCGAACUACUAGUACCCGAAGAGGUGAAUAAAUUCAAUGGACCGUGUGAUGUGACGAAUUUUGUGACGGAGUACAGGAAACGAUAUUGUCAAUGGGAGGAGUGA